AUGAGCCAGCGAAGUAAGCAAAUUCCCACAACCUGGGAUGCCUAUGAACAUGGCCGGACCUCUUCCUUUGGUUCCUUAGAAUCCGUACCCGAAAAUGAACCACCAAUCAUCCUCUCGUCCUCCACUUCGAGUGAGCGUCUCAUUCCUCCUAGACAUGGCGAAGAAGAAGGAGAGGGAGAAGGGGGAGGUAGGGUGCUAAGGAGGAGAUCCUCUAUUGGGAAGAGAUUCGACAGUCUCCGACAUAUGGGUGGACCAAAUAGCAUUGACAAUUUCGCCCGAUCAUUCCAAAGAGCUGCUGGAUUUCGAGAGAUAACACCCGUGCGGAGAAACUCGGUCACCCUUGCAGAACCCGAUCAAGAAGCUGGAGAGGAGGGUGCUGAACAAUGCAGUGCUCCUGAUAGAUCGCUUCUACGGCGACAGCUACAUGAUUACCAUCUGCAACAUGGAAGCGACGCUGCUGUUCACGAUGAACAACAUGAAGUUGAGGAGCUAGAUGAACAUUCCCGACUGCUUCCCAUGCCGAGCCAUCAGACAAUGAAAUCGACUGCUAGUUCUCUGACACCUGGCUCGUUGAUGGCUAACCAGCUUGGAACAAGCUAUGGGAGUAUUUCUUCAAGAUUGACGGCCUCUGCCCGACAACGAGCCUCGAUUUUGAUUCUAGAACAUGAAGAAGCUAGUCGACAAGCUAAGGAACACCCUGAACAAUUCAAAGAAGAGCCCCCGCGAGCUAUUGAACAAGAAGUGAGACCGGAUGGGGAAAUCGUUACACGUAUAGUGGGUGAAUCUACAGUACCGAUGACCAUCUUCAACUCGACCAAUGUUCUGAUCGGGGUGGGGAUUCUGGCUCUCCCACUCGGUAUCAGAUACUCUGGUUGGAUCAUCGGCCUGAGCUUUCUUACACUCGCGGCUGUCUCCACCUCAUACACGGCCAGAUUGUUAGCCAAAUGCCUGGAUACCAAUACAGGCUCGACAACAUACGGAGACAUUGCUUUCCUCGCGUUCGAUUCAUGGGGGAGAAACUUUGUGGAGUCUCUGUUCAUUCUCGAACUCACAGCUGCCAAUGUCGCUCUCAUCAUCUUGUUCGCCGAUAGCAUGAACUCGCUCAUACCAGGUCUCAACGUGCUUGAAUGGAAAGUUCUCAUCGCAGUCGGGCUGAUACCUUUGAACUUUGUUCCUUUCAGAACCCUGAGUGUCACCAGCGUUAUUGGAAUCUUCUGUUGUCUUGGAAUCAUCAUCAUUGUCUUUGCCGACGGCCUGAUCAAGCCUCGCAGUCCUGGCUCUUUGAGAGAUGUGGCUAAAACAUACGCAUUUCCAGAAGAUUGGCGGACCAUCCCUCUCAGUCUGGGUCUCUUUAUGGCUCCUUGGGGAGGUCAUAGCGUCUUCCCUGCCAUAUACAAGGAUAUGCGUCAUCCGCAAAAGUACGAUCGAGCCGUCAAGUACACCUAUCUAUUCACCUACGGCCUCGACCUCUCCAUGGCUGUACUUGGUUACUUAAUGUUCGGUGACAAAGUGCGAGACGAAGUGACGUCAAACAUCCUCCGAUCUUCCGCCUAUCCUCACGCCUUAUCCGUCAUUAUUGUUGUGUUGAUCGCCAUCAUUCCCAUCACCAAAAUUCCUCUCUCCAAUCGUCCCAUGAUGGACACACUGAACAAGAAGUUCUAUAUCGAUCUUCGUCAAAUGGACCUCAAGGCACGACUACACAGUGAGAAGAGCUUGAAACACCGUGCUGCUCGUGGUUUGAUUGGGAUCAUGACCAAUAUCAUCCAACUCGGCAUCGCCAUUGGUUUCCCCGAUUUUGACAGUAUCAUGGCCCUCAUGGGAUCUGCUUUAUGUUUCACUAUUUGCAUCAUCCUUCCCGUCAGCUUUUACCUCAAGAUUUUCAGCACAGAAGGUAAAGAGAUCAGGAUGCCAGAGCGGAUUCUUGAUUGGUGUCUCGUCAUUCUUUGUAUUGGAUUGGCUGGUUUGGGGACAGUAUUUGCUAUUUUGCCCAAAGACAAGAUUGGGUUGAAAUGA